AUGCCUGAUGAACGCUCUGGUCUUGGACUCCACUCAGAACGCAAGAGACGUGCAGAAGCCAUGAUGCUGGCUCGAAACAGUCUAGAGAUAGAGCUUAGAACAGACUUUCGCUCUUCGAUAUCGACAAGGUUUCGCAAUGAGCAACUCAGUCGUCGCAUUGCUGCUGCCCGCAAUCUCUGCCAUCGUCUGGAUACGGAUGCUGGUAUCGACAAGCCACAAGAUCCCUGUUUUUGGCCGCCUGACCAAGCUAUAUCUAGUGUAGAAAAAGAAAAAGCAGCAAAGUGCGAUCUUAAUAAACAAACCGAAAAUUGCUUUCCUACUUCGGAAGACAACAAGAGUUCUGAUGAAGAUUUAACGAUAGAAUCCAAUGAAAGCAAAAAGUAUAUUGUUUCGAAAGAACUUUGUUAUAGUGAUGAAGAAGAUCAUUUCAAGGUACUUGCAAAGGGCACGCCCGACGAGAAUGUAAGUUAUUUUGUAUUAUAUAUAUAUAUAAUAUUUUAUAUUAUGGUUAAAUGA